CUUUCCUUUAGUCAAUAAAAUCAUAUUUAAAUUGUGAAUUUGAAACGUUGGUCGCAUUAAAUUGGUUUUUGUGUUGUACCAAAAUUUCUAAAAUUUAUGUUAGUUUGUUUUGCAUAUUUUGUUUUUACAUACCUGUAUAUUGUAACAUUUAAUGGAGUACAUAGAUGUAAAAAUGCUGCCAAUGAAAAAUGACUUCAAUUGGGAUGAUAUUGAAGUUGGAAAUCACGUAUUAGACCAUUCCCAAAACUUCUUCGGUAAAAAGCAUAUAAAGUGCGAACGUUUGAACGAAUCGGAAGAAAAUAUGGAUUUGCUCAAAAAAAUCGACGCCAUUACUUUCGAUGAGAUAAACCUAGACAAGGAGAACUUCAAUGUAAUAAGUACUCCUAAAACGGCAAUAAAAUCCCCAUUAAGAGAACUACAGGCUUUAGUAUUAAACGAAAGCAGUAAACCACAAGCACUAAAAACCAAAAUUCAACCACAAAUAAAUCCUGGUUGUGUAGAAAAAGGUGAAAGUACCGACGAUAAGGCAAUUGUAGUUAAAAACCAAUCUCCAGCAAAAUAUUCCCCAAAUGACGUGCCCACAAGAAAUCCCGUAAUCCUUUCAGAAUCGCUAAUUGCCCGGAAUAGAGCACGUAUCAAUCCAGGUGGAAAUAAAAACAAAUCAAAAACAGAAAAUUUGGCAAACGAUGCGACGCCUAUAGCUUCAAAUCCUGUGAUUCUUUCUGAAUCAUUAAUAGUACGCAACAAAGCGCGAAUUAACCCCGGCAUAAAGAAGGAAAAGAGUGAUACGUCGUCGACGCCAGUGCCAAGUAGCACAAAGACAGGUACAGUAGCAAAACAGGCGCCGGCGCCCGUAGCGCCUCACGCCUAUCAGUGCAAUGAACUCUAUAAACGCCGAAAAGAGGAACUAAUACGUAAACGUUUGGAUGAAGAGCGCAAAAAGCGGGAAUUCCACAGCAGACCAGCGCCCAAUUUUAGUGCGUGUCACAAAUCUCUAAAACCGAAGAAAGUUGUGCAUGCGGUAACAGUGCCAGUAACACCAGCCGUUCUGAAAAAGUCGCGCGAAUGCGAUGCGAAACGAAAGCAAAAGUUGGAGGAAUUAAAACAAUUGCAUCCACCUAAGUUCGAGCCACGUCCAACAACGAUUCUAUAUGAGGAACCUUUUGUACCAAAGAAGACGCAAACUAUAUUAGUUUCGUGUCCAUUUAAUCUCCAUUCCGAGCGUCGCAUACAAGAGCGUAAACAGUAUGAUGCUGCAAUGCAACGCGCUAUGGAGGAAAAACUAAAGCAGGUAGAAAUUGAGGAAGAAGAACGUCAGAAACGUGAAGAACUGCGCGUCAAAGAGUUGCGAAAACUCACAACAUUCAAAGCACGUCCAAAUCCCUUUAAAUAGGCUCCCGUAAAAGUCCACUAAUACAUGCAUGCAUACACCAAUACAUAAAAAUGAUUCGAACGCCAGAGAAUAGAAAUAACAAAUAUUGAAGCAAAUACUUCGCAACUUAAAUGAAAACCUAUUAUAAAGCAAGAAAUAUAAAUAUCAGCCAAGAAAUCGAAGCAUACUUAAAUAAAUAUCACUUUGAACAAUAAAAAAAUAUUAAAUAUCAUUUUUAUAUCGAAAUGUAACAACGUUUUUAUUAUCACUUAUUAUUAUGAUUAUUAUUAUUAUUACUAUCAUUAUUUCUAACUUGUAAUAAUUUUUCUGAAUAUACAUACAUA